UUGUGUAUCGUGUGUCUCGUACAACUUUUCGCAUUCGAUGCGUCUGUGCAUUUUUCUUGUUUUAUUGUUCGUGACGUGGGUGCGUGGGCAACAACCGCCCGAUUAUGGCAGUAACGUGACAAUGUUGUCUAAGGAAAAUUCAGGAAUUCGUACCAAGAGAACGGUGACUUCUCCAACGGCCCACCCCUCACCGGAGCGCGUAGUCGUGUUAACAAAACAAACGGAAGUGGUAUCAUACGCGAUCCGUAAGCUUCUCAGCUGGGAAGUGCAAUGGUUUUACGUCAUGGCUCGAAAAUCGACAGCUGAAGUGGUCGUUUACCUAGUCGUGGGCGUUGCAGUAACCUUCAUCAUCAUCUUGAUCCCGCUAGUGCUACUUGUCAAAAUACUGGUUCCACCGUUGCCGAUUUUCGCAGGAAAAGAAAUUACCGAUGACGAUAAACCUGAUUUCUCGCUUCCGUACUGGAUGGAUCAAACGGAAUCUUCGGCGUACGAACUAGAAAAGAAACACAAAUGUUGUUUUGAUAAGAACGGGCGGGAAAAAAGAUCUGUCCGCUGCUUUCCUGUGACAGACAAAUAUCCCUGGGACGAUCCUUGUGCGGAAGACUAUCGUAAUCACGACUAUAAAUUGCAUUAAGGAGACAAAUAACGACGUUGUAUUUUUUUUUUUUGCACACAAACCACACAAUUUCAUUAUUUAGAGACAAAAAAAAAAUGGGAAAAAGAUAGUUUGUUGACUUGGAAGAGUUUUUUGAACGAUGGAGAAACAUCUAUUUUUUAUACAAAAGCAUUUGAAAAAGAAAAAAAUGGCGAGUUGUUUUCUUUUUUUUUUUUUUUUUAACCAAUUAUUUAAGAUACCCAAAAAAGGAAGAA